CAAACACUCGAGCACAACGUGUUAGUAGAGACUACCAGGAGUAGACCGACAAUACUAGGAACAUCCAGGCAACACCAGGUACGGCAAGAUAUGGGUCGGACAAUUGACCAAGACGUCCACGCGGCGUUUGUCGAGUUCAAGGCCAAAGAGGACGAUAAAUGCAUGUCGGUACAAUGCAUCUACUGCCAACAGAUUCGAGCAAAGAACACCUCCCGUCAGAAGCAGCAUCUUCUCGAGUGCCCGGGCUUGCAAAACCACCCAAAUGCCCCGCGACCACAAUCCUCAGCCAGCGAUGCCAUCGGCCCAGCUAAUGGCUUCGGCACUCCAUCAUCCAGCCUGCAUCAAACAAAUGGUCCCAUGAGCAGUGGCUUGCCUACUCAUAGCACUCCUCUGCAAGGGAUCAAUUCUACAUCCUCAAUACCCGCCACCACUCCUCAGGGGGUGUCUACAACGCCAGUGCAAAGACAAACUCCGAAACUGAAACCGCCCAAGGCCACCCCUAGCUCGAACCUUCCUGCACCACCUCUUGAUGAUGUGCAUGCUGCUUUCGUGGAAUUCCGGGCCAAAGAGGAGGACAAAUGUCUGUCGGUGCAAUGCAUCUACUGCAACCAGAUCAGAGCCAAGAACACAUCGAGACAGCGGCAGCAUCUGCUCGAGUGCGCAACAUAUCAGAAUGUUAUGAAAGAAUCUAUACCAGCCAACAACCUCCUCCACAGAUUUGACGAAGGAGAUGUCGCCCGGUCAAUGCAGUUACCCACACCCACACUCGAACUCGAUUUUCGCAUGAGCAUCAAAGUCAAUCCCAAGAUCUCUGUCGGGUCAGCCCUUUAUGGCCAUCGUGACUGGGUCAGCAUUGUUGGAGGACAGUGGGCAGGCAGAUGGGGCAAGGGAAUCAUUAUUCCUGGAGGACAAGAUAAUCAACUGGUGGUUAAGGACCUUGCUACACGGAUUGAUGCCACCUACCUUCUUCAGACCAACGACGACCCUCCAGCCUAUAUUACCGCCAAAUCAAGAGGCUGGCGGACCGGUCCCAAAGACGUGCUCGAAAGGUUGAAUGAUCCCACCGAGGCCGACACGGUUCCAGCGAACCAGUACAAAUUUCGCAUCUCCGUCGAACUCGAAACUGGUGACGAGAGAUAUGCUUUCUUAAACACUUGUCUCUGGAUGGGAAGUGGAUGCAAGAGGAUUGGCGAGAUCAUCUACGACGCCUAUCGAGUUGGCUAAACUAUGCCAUCAUCGGCAAUGUUCUCCUCAUAGCAAGGGCAGGGUCACAUUCCAGCUUUAGUCACUGCAUACGAUGUAUCUCUUCCCCUUUCUCGGCUACGACGAGGCGCGCCCCGCAGCAGCACUUACCGUGUCAUGGCUUCAAGCAGGCUUGGAUGCCUUUAUGGAUAGUUGCUGAGCCACACAAGCGCACCAUUUCUGUCGAGAAGUGUGGCCCGUACUUAUAUGUCAUGCAUGAGCAGCCUUGGUCAAAUGGCGUGUUACCUUGGGUUCACCUGGGGUUCACGCCCUGCGGAAAAUGGAGACCAGCGUAAUGCGGAUCUGCUCCACGAUUCGCCACUGCCCUUUCCCGCUGAUAACCCAAUAAUGAAUCCUCUUUACCACACACCCACACUACCGGCACUGGGCCUGAUCUGCAACUUAAAGCUUGAAACGUCUUGAUUUGGCCACAGCCUUUGAUCAGAUGCAUCCCUUCACA